AAAUGUGCUUCUAGACUAGAGCAACUUCUGCACCAGCUGGAACUGUCCAAAGUGCUGAAGCUGCCUGCCACUGGACAUUUCUAUCCCCUCUCAAGCACCUACAAGAUCCAGAUUUGAGAUCGUCACCCAUUUUGCAAGCAGAUGAACCGUUCUGGGAACAAACAAAGCUGAAAAGUCCAUGGUUCAGCUGGGAAAAUAAAGAAGAAUAUGGUAGAGGAAGCACCCAUCUCUGAUUUCAACAAGUCUCACUUCUUUCUGAACAAUUCUGCCUGCACUGCUGAGUUGUGCGCUAAUGGCUCUGGGCCACCCACUCCCCCAUAUUUGAUGGAUGCCUGGCUGGUCCCACUCUUCUUUGCCAUUCUGAUGUUAGUUGGGCUAUUGGGCAACUCUCUGGUAAUCUACGUCAUCAUCAGACACAAGCCAAUGAGGACAGUGACCAACUACUACAUUGCCAACCUGGCUACCACCGACAUCAUUUUCCUGGUUUGUUGCGUUCCCUUCACUGCAAUGCUGUAUCCACUUCCGGGAUGGAUCUUUGGAGAAUUCCUAUGUAAAUUUGUCAACUACAUUCAACAGGUCUCGGUGCAAGCGACCUGCGUCACCCUGACGGCCAUGAGUGUGGACCGGUGGUAUGUGACUGUCUUUCCACUUCGAUCCCUGCGACGGCGCACACCACAAGUUGCCAUAACCGUCAGCAUCAGCAUUUGGGUUGGUUCCUUCCUUGUCUCCAUCCCCGUGCUGAUUUACAACCGGCUGAUAGAAGGCUAUUGGUUUGGUCCGCAAACGUUCUGCAGCGAGUCCUUCCCUUCCGUGUACCAUGAGAGAGCCUUUAUCCUGUACAACUUUUUAGCGGUUUACCUCCUCCCUUUAUUGACCAUUCUCCUCUGCUAUAGUGCUAUGCUUUACCAGAUGGGACACCCCACCGUGGCGCCAGCUUCUGAUAACCAUUGCCAGGUACGGCAGCUGGCAGAAUUCUCUGAAGCUCUGCGGGCCAAGAUCUCUCGUAUGGUGGCCAUCAUCAUUGCUCUCUUCACCAUUUGCUGGGGUCCGGUGCAACUUCUGAUCCUCUUCCAAGCCUUUGACUCCACCUUUCAACACAGUUACUAUACUUAUAAGGUGAAGAUUUUUGCUCACUGCAUGUCCUAUGCCAAUUCUGCCCUCAACCCCAUUGUCUACGCCUUCAUGGGCACUAAUUUUCGGAAGGCCUUCAAGAAAGUUUUCCCACUGGCCUUCAAGAAGAGGGUGGGUAAUUGCAACAUCGCUGGCCGGGCCCACCUUAAUACCGAGAUGCACUUUGUCUCAUCAGGGAUGUAGGUUUAAAAUAAGUACUUUUCCUGCACAGGUAGUCCUUGACUUACAAUCAUUUGUUUAGUGACCAUUUGAAGUUACCAAGGCACUGAAAAAAGUGACUUAUGACCAUUUUCCAAACUUAUGACCAUUGCAGCCUCCCCAUGGUCACAUGAUUUACAAUCGGAUGCUGGACAACUGACUCAGAUUUAUGACAGUUGCAAUGUCCCGGCAUCAUGUGAUCACUUUUUGCUUCUAAGUCAAUGAGGAAGUCAGAUUUACUUAACAACCAUGUUGCUAACUGAACAACUGCAGUGUUUAGUUGUGCAACAACCAAUGCACAAAAAGCCGUAAAAUGGGACAAAAACUCACUUAACAAAUGUCUCACUUAAUAAGAAGUAUUUUGGGUUCAAUUGUGGUUGUAAGUUGAGGACUACCUGUAAAGUGUUUUGCCUUCCAGUGGAUCCUAUGGUGUCCUGCGUUUAAGGUGCAGUGGAGGACUCGUGAUUAUUCAAAUCUCAUUGGAGUCCACUUGCCAAUGCCCCAGUAGUAUGACCAAUAGUGAGAGAUGCUGUAAGAUGUAGUCCAAUAACAGUCAAGUCGCACAUAUGUAACAAACUCAGGAAACGAGAACAGCCAUAGAUUUCAGACUGAUAGCUUUCAUGCUAGUCGGGAAUAAAAACAUAAUAUCUUAAAAACUGUAAGAAUAAAGGGAGACUUAAACCAACUAACGCAGAAUCUCUCUGAAAUGUUUCUUUUUCACAAUCACCAUCAUGGGACUAGGUUGCCUCUUCUCGUGCUAGCUAAUGGUCAGUACAGGUAGUCCUCGACUUAUGAUCAUAAUUGAGCCCAAAAUUUCUGUUGUGAAGUUACGUUAAGUGACUUGUUACAUUAAGUGAUUUGUUAAGUGAGUUUUGCCCCAUUUUAUGACCUUGUUGAGUGAAUCACUGCAGUUGAUGAGUUAGUAGCAUGGUUAUUACAUAAAUCUGCCUUCCCCGUUGACUUCUUUGCUUGUCAGAAGUUUGCAAAAGGUGGAUCAUGUUACCCUGGGACCAGGGGUGAAAUCCAGCAGGUUCUGACAAGUUCUGGAGAACUGGUAGCGGAAAUUUUGAGUAGUUUGGAAAAUGGGCAAAUACCACUUCUGGCUGGUCCCAGAGUGGGGAGGAAAUGGGGAUUUUGCAGUAUCCUUCCCCCAGGAGUGAGGUGGGAAUGGAGAUUUUAUAGUAUCCUUCCCCUGCCACACCCACCAAGCCACCCUCACCAAGCCACACCAUGCCCACUAAGCCACACCCACAGAACCGGUAGUAAAAAAAAUUGAAUUUCACCACUGCUUGGGACACAGCAACAGUCAUAAAUACGAACCAGUUGCCAAGCAUCUGAAUUUUAAUCACAUGAUCACAUGAUGAUGCUGCAAAGCUCGUAACUGUGAAACACUGUCAUAAGUCACUUUUUUCAGUGCCGAUGUAACUUUGAACAGUCACUUAAACAAACUGUUGUAAAUCGAGGACUACUUGUACAGAUUCCCUAUCCCUGGAUUAAGGAAAUUUGGCUCGAAAUUGCUAUUCAGUCUAUGGCGUCUGGGUAAAUCAUGGGCCAAUCAUACAAACGUCACUUUUUCCCACUGCCGGCCCUUUCCAGGUUGAUCAGGUCAAGAAAGCUCACAAAAAUACUAAAGCACUAAUACUUAUUGAUACUGGCUAGAUUAGAUCCUUGAAAUCUUGAUAGUGUUUCUCUUUCCCUCAUCUUAUACCUAUGACAGCCCUGACUAACUUGAAGGGACAAAAGAAAAGUACUUUAUAAAGUUAGAAACCGCCGCCCUCCCCCCAGGCGUGAGAACAUGUGCUGAAGUUUCUGCUGGAAUAAAAUAAUUCCAGCAUCUUGCCUAAAUUCUAGGACUUUGGGGAUGUCAUAACAUCCUAUUCCACUAGAUGUCAAUAUUUCCUAAUCAAAUUGAUUUCCCAGUUCAACAACACAAAUCAACUAGAGAAGUUUUGUAUUUUCAGAUGAAAUUGGAGUAACUCAUUGUUUCCUAGUCAAAAGUAACUCUUUUUUAAGAUAGAGAUAGUCCUAGCUCAGGGCUCUGCAACCUUAAACAUUCAAAGAGCCAUUUGGACCUGUUUCCCACAGAAAAGAAAACACCGGGAGCCACAAAACCCUUCCCAUGCCUGACUACCUCUUGAGCGGCCACAAAACUAGCAUAUGUGGUUAAAUUAAACGUUUUGUUUUCUUCUGAAACUUUUCUUUUCUUGGAUUUAUCCAUGGUUGGCCUACCGGAGGUUGAAAAGCUCAAUAAAUCGCGUGUGGCGGGUUCGCACAUUGGCAGUUGCGACGCAUAUUUUGAGUGACAGGGAGCCGCAGCAGAGGGGUGAAAGAGACACAUGCGGCUCCAGAGCUGCAGGUUGCUGACUUCUGUCCUAGCUUAUGACCACAACUGAGCCCAACAUUGCCUUUGCUAAGGAAAACAGUUGUUAAGUAGGUUGCACGCAAUGUUACAACCUGCUUGUCACCGUCGUUAAGCCAAACAUGGAGUCAUUAAGCGAAUCUGGCUUCCCCCACUGACUUUGCUUGUUGGAAGCCAGCGGGGAAAGUUACAAAGGGUGAUCACAUGUCCCCAUGGGGGAUGCUGCAAUUGUCAUAAAUAAAUGCCAAGCCCCUGAAUUUUGAUCACAUGACCAUGGGGAUACUGCACCGGUUGUGAAAAAUACACAUAAGUCACUUUUUUAGUGCCGUUGUAACUUUGAAGAGUCGUUACAUGAACGGCUGUAAGUCGAGGACUACCUGUACAACAAAUGUCAAAAAAGGCAUGAUAUUGGGAGUAAUGGAUCAGGAUGGGAUAAAGGUGUAUACCUUUAGCAUACAUUAAUACUAGAGGGAAAGAGUUAUUUAAGCUGUAAGAAAUCUUAGUUGGUUAACCAAAUUUUUUUUUAUCAGCUAAUAAUAUGCACACUACUAAUGAGCCGUGGUGGCGCCGUGGUUAGAAUGCAGUAUUGCAGGCUAACUCUGCCGACUGCCAGGAGUUCGAUCCUGACCAGCUCAAGGUUGACGCAGCCUACCAUCCUUCCGAGGUCAAUAAAAUGAGGGCCCAGAUUGUUGGGGGCAAUAGGCUGAUAUUUGUAAGCCACUCAGAGAGUGCUGUGAAACACUAUGAGACGGUAUACAGGUAGUCCUCAACUUAUAACAGUUCAUUUAGUGACUGUUUGAAGUUACAGCGUGUUAGGAAAUUGUUAUUACCCAACUGGUUGGUCAGGAAAUAUAUUUCAUUUUCAUUUCAUUUAUUGGAUUUGUAUACCGCCCUACUCCCGAAGGACUCAGGGCAGUGAACAGCCACAAAAUAAAACACAUAAAUACAAAAUUUAAAAACAGAAUAAAACCGAAUUAAACAAUUUGGCCAAGACAAAUUUAAAACACCCAAUAAUUUUAAAAACAAAUUAAAAUUUACAUUUUAAAGGGGAAAGAUUUAGGCCAGCCGGCUUGAUGGAAUAAAAAAGUCUUGAGAGCGCGACGGAAGGUGCGCAGAUCCGGGAUCCUCCGUAUCUCCGGGGGGAGCUCAUUCCAGAUAGUAGGUGCCCCCACAGAGAAGGCUCUCCCCCUGGGGGCCGCCAGUCGACAUUGUUUGGCCGACGGCACCCGGAGGAGCCCCUCCCUAUGAGAGCGUACCAGUCGGUGGGAGGCUAUUGGUGGUAGCAGGUGGUCCCGUAAAUAACCAGGUCCUAAGCCAUGGAGUGCUCUAAAGGUGAUAACCAAAACCUUGAAGCGCACCCGGAAGACCACCGGGAGCCAGUGCAGCUCGCGCAGGAGAUGUUACAUGGGAACGCCAUGUCGCUCCCAUAACCACCCGCGCAGCCGCACUCUGCGCCAGUUGGAGCCUCCGAGUGCUCCUCAAGGGGAGCCCCAUGUAGAGAGCGUUGCAGUAGUCCAGGAGGGAGGUGACGAGGGCAUGAGUGACUGUGCGUAAGGAAUUUAUAAACCAACAUUGUGUGUUUGUAAUUAAAAGUAUUAUGUAGCUUUAAAAAGUGUGUUGCAUCAUCCUGCAUCCUGAUUGGCUGAGCUCUGUAGCCAAUGUAUUUAAGGAGAGCUAAAUUAUGGUUUGUGUGGACACUACACCAUUUUACCUGCUGAUAUGCUUUAACUAUUUUUAUUAUUUAUUUUAUUAUUUAUGCUUUAAAUAUGAGCCUGGAUAGCUCAGCAGACUAAUGCAUUGUAAUUUAACUCCAGCUGUCUGCAAUUAGUAAGUUCGAAUCUUGCCAGGCUCAAGGUUGACUCAGCCUUCCAUCCUUUCUAAGGUAGAUUAAUUGAGGACCCAGUUUGUGGGGGCAAUAAACUGACUUUGUAAAAAUAUACAAAAGUAUGAAGGCUAUUGCUUAACGCAUUGUAAACUGCCCUGAGUCUCCGGAGAAGGGCGGCAUAUAAAUCAAAUUAAAAAAAAACAACCUCUAGAUUUGAUCUCUCUGCAUGAUCAUUGUUUGGUCAUGGCUAUUUAUUGCUUUUCUACUAUUUAUUGACUGUUUUUAUAUUGAACUGUGUUCCUGAAUGAAACUAAAGAAGAUCUGUUUUAUUGUAUUUUUCUACAACUGGUAAGAAGACUUUAUAUUGGAAAAUAUCCCUGGACUGAUCUUUAUCUCACUUUAUAUGUAUAUGACUUGGAAUGUUUUUUGACUAUGAUUUUGCUUUUUCCCUAAAAAUAAAAUAUUAUCAAAACCCA